AUGUGGGAUUUCCUCAAUUCCCUUCUUAAGGCCAUCCUUGAGUUCAUCUACUGGCUUGUCUUUGUCAAGCUUACAAACUGGGAGAAGAACCGUCUGCGCCAGAUGGGAUUCGAGUCUCAGGAAGAGCUGGAUGAGCUCAUGAGGCAGAGAUACAAGGACGAGAUCGGUGACUUCAGUCCUGAACAGGAGGCGGAACUUAUACGCCGCUACCCAAAGAUCCGAGGGGCUCUUCAACACCGGGCGCGGUUUAUUGCAUCCCGUGAAUCGGCUGGACAAAGGUUAGCAGGUUUCACCGAAAAUUCCCUUCAGUAUCUGGAGCUCACACCAUGA